AUGGAGGACAAGACGAGCUCGAGGGACGAGAGAGCGGACGCGGGGAAUUCGGUGCAGAGGCGAGACUCGGCGAAGAAAAGCGGUGGAGGAGGAGGAGGAGGAGGUGUUGGUGGCGGAGGAGGUGGUGCGAGUCCCAGUGCGUCCAAAGAGCACAGCAACUCGGUGAGCGCGAGCGCGGACCGGGACCGGGAGGAGGCUGCGGUGGGGCUGUGCGACGAGAACGAGAGCCGACAGCAGUACGGCUUCAUGCAGCGGCAGAUCGGCGCGAUGCUGCAGCCCGGAGUGAACAAGUUCUCGCUGCGCAUGUUCGGCAGCCAGAAAGCCGUGGAGAAGGAGCAGGAGCGCGUGCAGACCGCCGGGUACUGGAUCAUCCACCCGUACAGCGACUUCAGGUUCUACUGGGACUUGAUCAUGCUCAUCAUGAUGAUGGGGAACCUAAUCAUCAUUCCUGUAGGAAUAACGUUCUUUUCCGAGCAGACCACGACCACCUGGCUGGUGUUCAACGUGGCCUCGGACACCAUCUUCCUGGUGGACCUGGUCAUGAACUUCCGCACGGGAAUCGUCAACGAGGAGAGCUCAGAGAUCAUCCUGGACCCCAAGGUGAUUAAGAUGAACUACCUGAAGAGCUGGUUCGUGGUGGAUUUUCUCUCCUCCAUUCCCGUGGAUUAUAUCUUUCUGAUCGUGGAGAAGGGCUUCGACUCGGAGGUGUACAAGACGGCGCGGGCGCUGCGCAUCGUCCGCUUCACCAAGAUCCUCAGCCUGCUGCGAUUGCUCCGCCUCUCACGCCUCAUCAGAUACAUCCACCAAUGGGAAGAGGAUAGUCUGCAAAUUUGUCCACAGCCCAGACGUCAUGUAGACGCCUGCAUCUGUAUAAGGGAUUAGCAGGAGAAAAGAAAUCCUUCAGAGACACGACAGUGAGAUUAAAAAGAUCUAGAAGCAC